UUGACCCUAGCUGUCACGGCCACUAUCAGACAUGGCUGCCUUAGGUUUGCGAUGGUGGGCUCGAGCCCUUUCCAAGGAUAAAGGGACAGCCAUUCCAACUGUACUCUCUGGAGCCAGAGCAGCGUCUGGAGUUUCGAAAGGCAUGUUGCCCGGUCCCUUCCCCACAACCCCCGAGGAGAAGGCAGCAGCGGCAAAGAAGUACAAUAUGAGGGUUGAGGACUAUGAACCAUUUCCAGAUAAUGGCGAGGGAUACGGUGAUUACCCAAAACUGGCAGAUCGAUCCCAGCAUGAGAGAGAUCCUUGGUACAAAUGGGACCAUCCUGACCUGAGGAGGAACUGGGGAGAGCCAAUGCACUGGAACUUUGACAUGUACACCAGGAACCGUGUGGACACAUCCCCCAGCCCGGUCGACUGGGGCACAAUGGUCAAACACUUGGGUGGCUUCAUUGGGUUCAUGCUGUUGAUGUUCUACCUUGGGGAGACAUUUCCUUCUUACCAGCCUGUGGCACCCAAACAGUACCCUUACAACAACUUGUACCUCGAAAGGGGAGGGAAUCCUGAAAAACAGCUUGAAGAAGUCAAAAAUUAUGAAAUAUAAUUUAUGACAUGUCUACUCCACUACUUGUGUAUAUUUCUGUCACUAAUAAAUACUUAAUGAAAAA